CCUCGGCCCCGCCACCUGGGCGCCCCACUUCACCCGGAGCGCGGCGCCAAGCCGAGGGAGGCGGCGGCUCCCCGCAACCCGCGGCGCUGGCCCUUUAAGGAGGAGCGGCGCAGGGACUGGAGGCCGCGGCGUCAGAGCGGGGAACCCGGCAGUGGCGAGUGCCCCCCCGUCGGUCGCCACGCGUGGUUGGGGGCCGCCGCCGCCGCUCCGGCCUGUUAGCAGAAUGCUCUGAGAACUGCCCUGGAGUUUUGAGGAGCCCCUAGGGAACUGCACUGAGAGGCAUGGCAGGUGUUGGAAGGGACCUCUGAAGACCAAGCUGGCCAUUCCCCCACAUCCAUAUAAUUUGUAAAGAUGGAUGCUCCCAAAGAAAUUCAGCCUGCCAGAGAGUUCACCUGUCAGCUGUGUGACUUAACAGCUCCAUACACAUACUAUGGACAGAAGCCACCAAAUGCAUAUUCCAUUGUGAUUCUGGAAGAAAGCUAUGUCAUGAAGGAUCCGUUCACGCCCGACAAGAGCAGGUUCCUCAUCCUUGGGUCUCACUGCAGUUUGUGUGGCAGAUCAGUGUGCGUUGAUGCAGAAUGUAGUCUGUUCUACUCCAAAAGGUUCUGCCUUCCUUGUGUGAAGAAAAACCUAAAGGCCUUUCCUUUGGAAAUACAAGAAGAUAUAGCUAAAAGGAAGUCCCAGAAAAAAUCCUCUCCCAGUGGAAAAAUGGAUACAAAAAUAUAGAUACUGAAGGACCAAGAGAGGGAUUUCUCUGGCUGGGGUUACUCCUCUCCUUCUGCAGACUAUCAUGUUGCUCCUUUUAAAGAGGUGACCUUCAUCAGCUGUCUACUACAGAACACAGUGACACGUUUCCUUACAGCUGGCUGGGCUUCAAGCAUUAUCAUGCAGCAAGUGCAGUGCCAGCAGCACAGCCUUAAGGUGCUGAAGAGCCAUAAAGAAAGGCAGCCAGGCCUGUUGUCACCAUGUAAAACACAUACAGCAAAACACCAAGCAGCAUAGCAGCCGUGGCUGAACCUUCACAUUUGUUAUUUUAAUGUUUUGUGUUGUUCUUGACACUCUCUAGCAGGCAAAUCUGAUACAGAUUUAUGUGGCUUAAUCCAGUCUACAUUGAAUUAAAUCCAACAAGGACAAUCAA